GUCUUUUAAUGCCGGUAGUCGGAAAUACCAAAAACGCAUGCGAGUCGACUUUGAAUACCAGAAAUCCCAUCUCAAAGAGUCAUAAUUGUUGUUCCAAAUUACGCCUCAAAAUAUAUUUUCCCGCGCAGGGAAAUUUGCGUAUCCUGGGAUGGCAGAUGUAAGCUUGAGCAUAAACGGUGGGCCGUCCGUUCUGCUAGAGCCUGGCAAAGUCUACCGCAUUGGGCGCAAGGAAGCAUACGAGUUCUGUGUGGCCGAUGAAUCCAUGGAGCUGUAUCAUGCUCUUGCAACCGUCUAUCGAGCGGGCGUCCUUCGCGUGAAUGCGCUACUCGGCAAGGUGUUCGUGAACGACGUGGAGAACGGUAAUGCGGACAUAAGCCAUGCGCAUGCCAUCGAUGGAAAGGUGAAGCUACGCUUCGGUAAUGUGGAGGCCGAAGUGCAACUGAUAGAUCCUCUUCAGCACCAUGAUAGCAGUGGAUUCGGGGAAGCCCUCAGGGACACAUCUGUCGAUACAACAGCUGAGAGUCUGGUUAUUCCUGAAACGGAGGUGCAGUCGGCCAACACAAGUGCUAACACAACAGCUGACAGCUUCUUUGUGCCCGAAACCCAAGCUGUGGUCUUUGAUAGCUCCACGAAGGGCGGCAAAGUUUCGCUCGGCGAAGACUUCAUGAUACCAGAGACGCAAGAUCUCCUUCGUACUCCACCUCCACCUGCUGUUGUGCACAAUGAGGCGGGCAACUCCAACGAUGGAGAUGCCUCUGAAAUGGGCUCCCAGAUACGCAUUUCCACCCAGGACUUUAAUCAAUUCGAUGAGGAUGCACUUGACGACUUUGAUUCAUCAAUGGUUCUGGGAGAUGCUGUGGCGCCACUUUCUCAUAUAUUUGGAAAACAGAUUAGGCAUGAUGCCGACGGAACUGAAUUUGAAUUGAGUGCCUUAAAUUGGUCUGCAUCCAAUUCCAAAUGCACUGUCCUGAAUAGCAGCAAGGACCGAGGAGUUGCUUGCAUGACGCCAGACCUAUCCGGUCAGAAUCCAUCUCAUGAUGCAGGAAAUUGUACUCCUGAUCUAUUCGAUAUGAUGGUUGCUGAUGAAGGCCUGCCCGAGAAAUCCGCCACACCAACGCUUUGCGGGUUAAAGCAGUUGAUUGUGGCCACUAUAGAGACGCCAACAGCAACUCCUCUCGAAGCGGAAGAUAAAGAAAACCAGGACUUUAUUGUCCCUCAAAGCAAAGUGCCAGAGGAGAAUAAUGAAACUAAUCAGGAUUUCAUUGCCACUCAGCCAUUUCCGUUUACCUUAGUGAGCGAGCAGAAAGCAGGAUGGCAAGCAAUCGAAACUCUUAAAGAUCGCAGCUCUGGGGAAGAAACAAAUCAGGAUUUCAUUGCCACUCAGCCAUUCCCCUUUUCCUCAAAGCACAAACGAGGUGGACUGCCAUCUGUCGAUUCGCCUAAGGAUCGCAGCAAUUGGGAUGAGACGAACGAAGAUUUCAUUGCCACUCAGCUAUUCCCCACAAGGAAGAACCUAAAAAGGUUGCACGCAGCCGAAUCCACUAGGGAUCACAGCGACAAUGAGGACAAUCAAGAUUUUUCCUCGCAGAUCAAGCAAGCAAAAUUGCAGGAAACCGAUUUGCCAGACGACCACAGCUACUAUAAGAACACUCGAGAAGACAAAGAAAACAUUCCAGUGAAAAAUACAGAUACAGAAACCAAGGCACAAACGUCAAGAGAUGCAGCAGCUCUGGAUUCCCUUAAAUAUGAUGAUGUCAUGGAGUUGCUGCUGGAAAUGGAUGCAGGUGCUCCACUGCCAACUGCUGAUCCAAACGAACCUCAAAUUAAAUUCGUACAACCUUCCAUUAUUAAGGACGACGAGUAUAAUGCCAAGAUUACCCAAAUGGAAUCCGUCUUUUUGGACAGAAACAACAAACACCGUCGGCGUUUGACGAAACUACCCGAAGGCGCGCGUGGCCGUAUAGUCGGAUCGGAGUCACCUCCACGUACUACAAGAAACGCAUACCAACGACGCUUUUCAGUUGAAUCACCCAGGAUCGAGCCAAGAAAGCGGCCAGCCAAUGCAGAAAACUCAGUCGAGCCUCACAGCAAGGUUCGCCGUCCACCUUGGAAUUCGUUGGUUGCAGAAGAGGAUAAAAGGGCUGUUAGCAAGGAGAGUACCCCCGAAAUGCUGGCCAAGAAACGGUCGAGUAACUCCAAGACUUCGACUAACACACACCUCGAUUCUGCUUCGAGUUCCAAAGUUAAGAGGGCGAUCGAACCCAAAAAAGAGGAAGAUGUCAAGGAGUCGCUAAAAAGAUAG